UGAUUAUUGAUUAGCCCCCUCACAAAUUUUUUAAUCUUGUUUCUUAUCCGUGCAAACCAUUGCUGAAUAGAAAAGAAUAGUUAUUGGAAGCUCGAAAGCUGACUUUUUUAAGUUUAGCUAAGAAGUAGAACUUUUCUACCCACAGGCAAAUUAGGCAGAGACACCGUCAAUGGAUUCCUAUGUCAGUCCCAAAACCUCCUCAAACCCAAUCACCACCACCACUUACUAUGAAACACCAUCACUCUCCACUGAAAUAGUUGCCAACAAUGAUGACCUCCUAACCGAAAUCCUUGUUCGUCUGCCAAUCAAGUCUCUCCUUCGGUUCAAAUGUGUAUCCAAACGUUGGCUUUCAUUCAUCUCCAAUCCUCACUUCUGUUACCGUCGCACUCCAUUCCACAACACCGCAUGUGGCCUCUUCUUGAUUCGGCAUUCCAUGCACAUCAACCCAGAAUUUGACUUCGUGCGUCUCAACCAUAACAACUCCCAGCUCUCUCAAGCACCUUUCAGAACUCUCUCUUUUGUCAACGACCCCUUUGGGAUCAAAAUCUUGCAGUCUUGUAAUGGGCUCUUCUUGUGUUGUUCUUUCCAUGCAUUUGAUGGAAGAAAAAAGUACUAUGUCUAUAAUCCUACUACCAAGCAUCAUACCAUACUUCCUCCUCCUCUGCCUGUACGCAGUGAAACUUCUAGCACUGUUUUAGGGUUCAGUUUAGCUUUUGAUCCUUCCAAAUCAACUAGCUACAAAGUCGUCUGUGUUCGGAACUUGAACUAUGAAUUCGUAGAGACCCAACAUCAAAUUAAGAUUUAUUCACCUGAGGAAGGCUCUUGGCGGCUUUCUAGUGGCAUUUUCUCCCCAUCUUUGCCACCUUAUGAUCUCCAGUUUGAUGGUGGUGUCUUUUGGAAUGGUUCUAUUCACUGGAUUGAUACUUAUGGAACUGCAGCUCUAUAUUUCAAUCUUCACACUGAGUGCUUAAGCAAAAUGAUAUUCCCUCCAAUCCCUGAGGGAUGGGAAGAAUGGGAUGGUAGGAAGUUUGGGUAUUUUGGUGUGUCCGGAGAUCAUUUGAAUCUUAUUGGGAUGUACGACCCCGCUCGAUCCACACAUUUUAAUGUUUAUGAGAUGGAGAGGGACUAUUCGAGCUGGUUUGUCAAGUUUCAUGUUGAUCUUGAUGAGGUUCCAACUGCAUUUCCAGAGAUGAUUCGAAGCUCUUCGGACCCGUUACAUGACUUGGAUCAUUACCUUUUUCACGUAAUUUCUGUGAUUUGGUGUGAUGUUGAGGAAGAAUCAUAUCUGGUGCUGCAUAUACCGGGUAAAAUGAUAGUAUACUACUUGAAGAGCAAAACUUUCAAGAAGCUUUGUGAUUUUGAUGAUGUUGGUACAGAUGGUUUAUUGUGGUACUGGGGAUGGUCUAACGCUUAUCAAUACAUUGAGAGUCUGGCAUGUGUCUGAUGCAAUUUCUCUUCAAAGAUUAGUUUGUUUUAGUCUAUUUCUCAUCUUGAGGGUUGCAUUUUAUUUUCUGGCUUUGAGAUGUUGAUAAACUUAUUGUACUUGGUACAUAACUCAUAA